GCAAAAAAUUAAGGCUCGUGCUCCCCCACCACCAAACCAACCUCCCGUUACCAGUAACGUUAAUAAUGAACAUAAAGUAACGCCAGCCCUGGAAAUGCUGCCAGAUCAGAGUAUGUUAAAUAUGAAGGAAAAUCUGAUUAACAAUACAGUGGACUUUAUGGUAGUUUUUCCAGAUGGAGAAGAACAGAAAAAUACUGUACAUGGGAGUAAAGCUGUGAUGGACCUAUUAGUAGACCUGUGCAGCCAGUACCACUUAAAUCCAGCCCAUUAUACUCUUGAGUUGCAGUCUUGGGGGACCCAACAACCUUUGAGUUACAAGCCAAAUACUUUGAUAGGGGCGCUAGAUGUACAGAAGAUACUUCUAAAAGUGAAAGUUCCUGAAGAAAAAACUAAGCGGCCUCCUCCAAAGAUUCCUGAGAAAACUGUGAGACUGGUAGUAAAUUAUUUGAAGACACAAAAGACAGUAGUUCGAGUGAAUCCUGAAGUUCCUCUCCAGAGUAUAAUCCCAGUCAUUUGUGAGAAGUGUGAAGUUAGUCAGGAAUGCCUUGUUCUCUUAAGAGAUACUUUCACUGGAGAAAAACUGGAAUUGACAAAAUCACUGAAUGAACUGGGAAUAAAGGAGCUUUAUGCCUGGAACAAGAAAAAAGCUCUUCCAUCAAAAACCCAGUCUGAACCUUCUUUGAACUAUAGAGGUAUGCACUUGGAGAGAAAUUUGCCUUUCAGGUUUUGUUUUUGUAUGGUUUUGAUAUUAAUAUUUUGAUUCUUAGGGUUAUCACUGGCAUAAUAGGGCAUCCCUAAGUUAAGGGAUGAAAUAGGUGCAUUAA